AUGUCCCAACGAGCAGCUCUCCUCAUCGGCACGCUGUCACACGCGCAGAAAGAAUGGGAGCAGGUCUCACAGAUCGCAUCCAAGCUUCACACUUAUCCCGAUGGCAACCGAGACGACUUCAUCUCAAAAUGCAAGAGCGGCGAAUUCGAUGGUGUAUAUGCGCUGUACCGAAGUAACGACUCAAACCCAAUUACAGGAGAUUUCAACGCAGAACUGUUGGAGGUUUUGCCCAAGAGCUUAAAGUACAUCUGCCACAAUGGCGCCGGCUACAACAACAUCGACGUCGCAGCAUGCACAAAGAGGGGCAUUUCAGUAUCGAGUACACCAAUAGCAGUCAACGACGCGACUGCGGAUGUCGCGAUCUGGCUCAUGCUCGGUGCGCUCCGCAACAUCAAGCAAUCCUUCAUGGCAGUCAACAGCGGCAAAUGGCGCGGUAACUUCUCUCUCGGUCACGACCCAAAGAACAAGACGCUCGGAAUCCUCGGCAUGGGCGGUAUCGGUUCGGCAGUUGCGCAUCGCGCAAAGGCAUUCGGCAUGAAGAUACAAUACCACAACCGUCACCAGCUGCCCGGUAGCGAGGAGCACGGCGCCAAGUACGUAAGCUUCGACGAGCUACUCAGGACAUCAGAUGUUCUUAGCUUGAACUUGGCACUCAACCCUUCUACCAAACACAUCAUCGGCAAGGAGCAAUUCGCCGCGAUGAAGGACGGCGUAGUCAUUGUAAACACAGCGCGAGGCGCAUUGAUCGACGAGGCAGCCCUGGUAGACGCGCUCAAGAGCGGCAAGGUCUGGACUGUCGGAUUAGACGUAUUCGAGGAAGAACCCAAGAUCCACCCUGGGCUUCUAGAAUGCGAAAACGCUGUAUUGCUUCCCCAUGUCGGAACAGGGACAUACGAGACACAGCGCGACAUGGAGAUACUGGUCAUAGACAACCUGAAGUCGGCUAUACAGACCGAUAAGUUGUUGACGCAGGUACCCGAGCAAAAGAAGGACAAGGCGAAUAUAUGA